UGUAACGACUUUUCUACGGUUAGACCAUAAAAGGCCCGUCAGUUGUAUAACAAUGAGCGCAACGAAACCCAUUGCCAUCGAUCGCGAACUCAAGACCAGCGCUAGCGAUGACCCGCCGAAGGCCUCGUCUGUCGGCAGUUCCCUUUCGGAACGGAUGGCGGCUCUCAAACGCAACGGCGAAGAGAAUUGGAAGAAACGGAUCCAAAAGUGUGACGAACCCGAUGUCGAGCUUAGAGUCCCCACUAAUGGCCACUCGAAUAGGAAGCGAGCGACCAGUAUUGCUGACCGGCUGUCACUGUUGGAGGACUCGAGCGUGAAGUGGAGGAAUAGAGUGCAGGAGAAGGACGUCAAACAGUUUACAAUUGAGGGCAAAAUGUCCGAAACAGAUAUCGCGGUCACCAAAACACCUGAUAUUCAACGCAAGACACCGAAAGCCAAAACAUUUCGCAGUGAAAAUACCGCAGAAAUGCUGAACUCGAUGUUGAAAAAGGAUCGCUCGCUUGGAGUGCCUAAAGUGGUCACCACUUCAGCCGACGGCGACGACAACACUUCUAUUGAUACUCAAAGUCGAUGUCCUGCGAGCUCUUCGUCUAAUAAAGAAGUUGUUGUUUCCAUACUUAAGACAGACGACGAAGACUUUCAAUCAUUCUUUGCCAUUGAAUCGAAAACUAACGGAACUAAUGAGACAAUUACUGAUGAAUCGUUGGAUAAGAUUGGUGUCGGAAUUAGUGCAAAAGAGAGCUGCAGUUCGGCCGCAAUCGAGGCGAAGGACUUCAGCCAAUCCUAUCAGAAGCCUAUGCGCCAGAACUGACUUUACGGUCGAGUCUUAUAUUGAAACCGAAAACAAUAACAAUGAAAGUAAUGGCAAAACAGACAGCGCUUUGAAACCAAAGAAAAC